GUCCUGGUCUUGGUCCUGGUGCUGGUCCUGGUCCUGACCCAGCUGGUCAUUUGAAAAAUAAAUCAAACAUUAAUCUAAAUCAAAACACAUGAUUCAGCUGAGUCUGUGGUUGCCAAGCAACAGCAUCACUUCCUCCUCCACAGUUAAUUAUUUGUUAAUUGAAUCAGAGAAGUGUUUCCUCUGGGCUCAUCAUCUUCGCAACGCCAAACUACGGGGGGUCCUGAUCUUGAUCUUGAUCCCGAUCCUGAUCCUGAUCACAAUCCUGAUCCUGAUCUCAAACCUGAUCAUCAUUCCCGCUGAUUCCUGGGUGAGACCUGUUUUUUUUGGUUUCUGCUGUGGGACACACACUGAUGCUCUGUCAUCACUGCUUUGUGUGUGUGUGUGUGUGUGUUUGUGUUUGUGUUUGUGUGUGUUUGUGUGUGUGUGUGUGUUUCUAUCCUUGUCUUAUGAGACCACUCACACACACACACACACACACACACGCAGCAGCAGCUGCUGAGCAGAGAGACCACAACAAUGUCCAGCUGCCCCACAACAAUGCAGAUCCUCCCUCUGUCCUCUGCUCGGAGGAAUGACAGGAAUGAGGUGGCGGGACGACCACAUGUCACAGGUCUGAGUCCCGGCUGCUCCAUUCUGUCUGACAUGUUUCAGACACACGGGAAGACGGAGGUCAGCAGGAAGAAGACGAUCACUACUGAUCAAUACUGAUCAAUGACUCAACACUGUAACCAACAGAUCUGAAACUCAACCCCCAGGUGGUUUGACAGAACAAACCUUUAUCAUGAAAUAUGAUUUAUAGAUCAUCAGAUUUAUGGAUCAUCAGAUUCAACACGGAUGUGAAGGUUCUUCUCUUCCGGAGGUGGAUCUUGUUUCCCCGAGUGUUGUCUGUCAGGAUCUACCUGGCUGCAGGUGAGGACGAGUCUCUGCCUGUUGGGACCGGAGGUCAGAUGUUCGUCAGUAACAGACGUGCAGAAACACGAAUCCGAUGCCGCCACGCUCUGCAUUCUGGGAGCUGAGUGGUGAAAGAACAGAGAGUUCGUCCUGCAGGAAGUUUAACAGACAAAAACAUUUUCACAAUAAACAAUAAACUAAUAGCGGAUGUUCUGCUCACGACCUCCGAGAGGCCGAAUCUUCUCGUCUCUUUGACUCAGAGCUGUGAUCAGUGUUUGUCUCAUCUGGGUCACUGACUGAUUGAUUGACUGAUUGACUGAUUUGUCCUGGGGUUGUUGUUUGUUUCUCUGAUUUCAGGAGUUUAUGUGACGUGAUUGUGUUUGUGAGUUUGAACAGAUUCUCCACUGAGGUUUAACACCAGUUAUCUGACAACACACCCACCCCCACCCCCACAGUGUGUCGGGGCGUCCCUGUGGAGGGGGAGUGUGUUAACUGAGGGGGGGUUAAAACCCGCUGCAGCAGAGACUGAGUGUUAAAGACCAGAGGACGAGGCUGAAGACUCUGGUCCUGGAACAGGACACGUCUUUGCUGUGGUUUGAUGCUGAAGGGCGACAUGUUCAGAGCCGCCGUCGUCCUGCUGAGGAGCUGCUGCGUCCUCGUCCUCCUCGUCCCGACCUGCAGCGCUCAAGGAAGCGACUGCAGCUGUAAUGCCACCAACAGUCACUGUGACGAGACCAGAGUUUGCAGGUGCGACCCGGGCUGGGACGGCAAGCGCUGCGAGCGCUGCGUGCUGAUGCCUGGCUGCGUCCACGGCUCCUGUCAGCAGCCAUGGCAGUGCAGCUGUGACCCUGGCUGGGGGGGUCGCUUCUGUGACAAAGACCUGUCGGUUUGUUCCGAGCGGCCUUGUGACAACGGAGCGACGUGUGUGAUGCAGGACGGCGGCGAGUUCACGUGUCUGUGUCCUGAAGGUUUCCACGGCAGGAAGUGUCACCUGAAGACGGGACCGUGUCACCAGAGGAGGUCUCCGUGUCAACAUGGCGGUCUUUGUGAAGACGCUGAUGGUUUUGCGGCGGAGUGGGCGUGUCGUUGUCUGGCGGGCUUCACGGGGCGGCGUUGUGAGACCGACGUGGACGACUGUCUGAUGACGCCGUGCGGUAACGGCGCCACGUGUCUGGAUGGCGUCAACCGCUUCUCGUGCCUCUGCCCCGCCGGCGUCACAGGACGCUUCUGCACCGUCAACCUGGACAACUGCGCCAGCAGGCCCUGCCUCCACGCCGGACGCUGUCUCGACCGCGCCGCGGGCUUCCACUGCGUCUGCAGACCCGGCUUCAUGGGCUCCAUCUGCGAAAAGUCACUAAGGAGCCCCGACGCCCUCGAGCCCGGCAGGGCGCUGCUGGGGUGGGAGGGGGGAGGAGGGGUCACACACCGCCUGACCACGGGGGUUCAGAACCACAGGACCAGUAUUAACAGUAGCCGUCAUGACGACCGGCCAUUUAAGGUGAUGGUGAGUGAGCGCGGCGCCUCCGGCCUAUCCGAGGUCCAGCUCACCAUCCUGAUGGUGCUGGCGGCACUGACGCUCAUCGUGGUGGCGCUGACCGCCGCGCUCGUACUGCAGGGUCACUGCAGAAACUGUGGCCACGCCCCCUGCUGGCCACUGAAGAGCGGGCGGCGAGCGCAGUGGGAGGAUCGUCACAUCCACUUCCUGAACGCUGCAGAGAAGAAGAAACUCAACACAGAGGUCGUGUAGCUUGCCCCCCCUCCCUCCUGUGAAAACUUCAAUGUCAGAGGGCAGAGGUCACCUUAUCCAGAUCAACAGGAGUCGGUCUGAUUCUCCCAGGAUGCACAUGCUACCAAUAUGCAAAUGACCUGUGACAUCAUCACCUGUAGACCCCAAGCCGUCGGAGGACGAUCAGGACCAAUCACAGCACAGUAUUCAGGUCAGCUGACACAAUCUGGGUCUGGACAUCGUUUCCUUCAGGAACCGGAACGAGUGAACGACCGGGAUGUCACGCGACCUUUGACAAACUACGGGGUCACUUUUGUUUGUCAGUAUUGAUUAUUGAUCGAUGUUUUACUGUUGAUUUGAUGUUUUUGUACAUUUGAUAUUCACCUGAUUUAAUAAAAUGUGUCGGACGUU